AUGACUUCAGUUCUAACCGGUAACAAGCCAAAGCUUGAGCAAUACGAAAAGGAGAGAUUACAACAUACACCUUGGGUUGAAAAAUACCGUCCCAAAAACUUAGACGAUGUUGCUUCACAAGAUCAUGCAGUGAAAGUAUUGAAGAAAACUUUACAAUCAGCUAAUCUACCACAUAUGUUGUUCUAUGGACCCCCUGGUACAGGUAAGACGUCUACUGUUUUGGCAUUGGCCAAACAAUUGUAUGGACCAAGUUUGUAUAAAUCAAGAGUAUUAGAAUUAAAUGCAUCGGAUGAAAGAGGGAUUUCGAUUGUUAGACAGAAAAUCAAAAAUUUUGCCAGAUCUACUAUAUCAAAUGCUUCUAAAGAUGAUUUGGCUAAUUAUCCAUGUCCUCCUUAUAAAAUCAUUAUAUUAGAUGAAGCUGAUUCAAUGACAAAAGAUGCACAAUCGGCUUUGAGAAGAACUAUGGAAAAUUAUGCAAACGUUACAAGAUUUUGUUUGAUUUGUAAUUAUAUUACCAGAAUUAUCGACCCAUUAGCUUCAAGAUGUUCCAAGUUCAGAUUUAGAUUAUUGAAUAAUGAUAAUGCAUUGAACAGAUUAAAAUACAUCGUUAAGGAAGAAAAUAUAAAUUUACAAAAUGACGAAGUUUUAGAUGAAGUUUUGAAAGUCUCAAAUGGUGAUUUACGUAAGGCAAUCACCUUCUUACAAUCUGCCACCAGGUUGUACUCGUCUUUAAGAAACUCUGAUGAGGAUGUGGAAAUGGCCGAUGAUGAUACCUCGGGAAUAACGAAAAACUCCAUCCAUGAAAUUGCUGGUGUUGUGGGUGAUGACUUAAUCGAUCAAACCUUCGAUAUAAUCGAAUCAAGAAAUACCUCACGUAUAAUUAACCAUACCGAUAGUCUCGUUUUACAAGGUUGGAGUGCUCAACAAGUUGUUGACCAACUACAUGAUAAAUUCAUUCUUAAUGAUUCCUUAAGCUCAAUUGUGAAAAAUAGAUUAUCCAAAAUAUUCUUCGAGACUGAUAGAAAAUUAAAUAACGGUACAGAUGAACACAUUCAAUUAUUGAAUUUGUUUUUACAAAUCUCGAAAGAACUAUAG